UUAAAAUUUCCCUCGCUUUGACGCCAUGUUUGAACAAAGCGCUAUAUUGCGCGUCAGAACCAGCUGUUGUAUGUGUAUACACAACAAUCAACAAUUUUAACAAUCAACACAGUUAAUAUACGAAAAAAAUAACAAUUAAAAACAUAUUAAAAAUAUUUUAAUAAUUUGCAUUAAUUAAUUAUUGUUUAUAUAUACAAUAUAUAAUUAAUUUUUUAAUUCAUUAUUAAUAAAAUUAAUAAUGUGGGCACUUAAAGCAUACGAAAGUACUGAUGAUGAGAGUGAUAACGACAAUGAAACAAAAAUUAAUACUGAUCACAAUAAUAUUGCCGGAACAAGUAAAAUUAAAAUUGAAAUAACAUCAACAAAUGAAACAGAAUCAACUGAUGAAACAGUUACAUCAUUGAGUCUCAAUAAUUUUUCAGUUACUCCAACAACAUCAACAGAUACAAAUACAAAUGAUAAUAAUAAUCAGAAAAAUAUUAAAAUUGAAGAUGAUGAUGAUUUGGAAAAUGACUUUGUAUCUGAACAAAAAAAUAUUACAAAAAUUAUUAUUUCUGGAUACUCUGGUGAGUCGUCAUCAACAAAUGGAACAAAUUCUGCAAAUGAAAAAAGUAACAGUCGUGUUAAAAAACGUAAAAAAACAGAAACAGAUGAUGAAUCUGAUCAUGAAAAUGUUAAUAAUCAUCGUAUAAAAACAGAGCCAACAACUGAAGAUGUUAAUAAUCAUCAUAUAAAAACAGAGCCAUUAACUGAAGAUGAAUUAAUUAUUGAAGUUGAAGAAGAAGAACAACAACAAAAUCAACAUGAAGAAUCUUUUGUUAGAAAAUUAAAACAACCAAAAAUGGAAGAUGACAUAGCACCAAUUGAUGGUACAGCAUUACACAUUGCUGAUCCAAUUGAUAAUCAAGGACGUUCAUUUCUUCAUCCACCACUUAAUAUUGGUGUUAAUAUACCAAUUGAUUUACCAAUUGAACAUACAUUUUUACCAAAAAGAACAAUUCAUACAUGGGAAGGACAUUUAAAAGGUGUAUCACAAAUACGUUUUUUUCCAAAAACAGCACAUUUAUUAUUAUCAUGUGGUAAUGAUCAUACUGUUAAACUAUGGGAAGUAUAUAAAGAAAGACGUUGUAUACGUACAUAUCGUAAUAAUGAUAUUGAUAAUGAUAUUAAUUUUGAUAAUGAUGGUACACAUUUUUUAUCUGGUGGUAAUAGUCGUUAUAUUAGACUAUGGGAUACUGAAACUGGUGUUGUUAUUAAUCGUUUUACAAAUGAUAAAAUACCAUAUUGUAUUAAAUUUAAUCCAGAUAAAGAUAAACAAAAUUUAUUUUUAUCUGGUAGUGAAGAUUAUAAAAUAAUAUGUUGGGAUAUUAGAUCUGGUGAUAUUGCACAUGAAUAUAAUAAACAUACAAAUGCUGUUAAUACAAUAACAUUUUUUGAUAAUAAUCAAAAAUUUAUAACAACAUCAGAGGAUAAAACAUUACGUAUAUGGGAAUGGGGUAUACCAGUUGAUAUUAAAUGUAUUAAUGAUUCAUCAUUACCAGUUAUUAAAGCUGUUGCAUUAUCAAAAAAUAAUAAACUACUUGCAUGUCAAUCAAUGGAAAAUAAAAUAUAUUCAUUUUGUUUAAAAAGAUAUAAAGUUAAUCAUAAAAAAACAUUUACUGGUCAUACUAAUAUUGGACAUACAUGUUCAAUUGAUUAUUCACCAAAUAUGUAUUAUUUGGUGUCUGGUGAUGCUGAUGGUAAAUGUCAUAUUUGGAAUUCAAAAACAACACAAAAUUUAAAAAGUUGGAAAGCACAUGAUGGUGUUUGUAAUACUGUACUAUGGAAUCCACAUGAUCCAUCAAAACUUGUUACAGCUGGUUCAGAUUCACAUAUUAAAUAUUGGGAAUAAUUAUUUUUUAUUAUUUUUAUUAUCAAAAAAAAAAAUAUAUAUAUUUCGUUUUACAACUAUCUAGUUUUAUUCAUUCAUAAUUUUUUUUUUUCUUUUCAAUUGUAAUUAUAAUUAUGAUAAUUUAAAUUUGUAUGAUAUACAAAAAAUAUCAAAAUAUAUAUGGAAUUAUAAGCAUUUUUAAAAAA